CCGUAGCCCGGGAUCACCGGCACCAUGUCCUGGCAGCGCUGAGGUCGGCAGGACGGGCGGCGAGCGGCGCCGCGGCCGGCGAGGAACCAUGGGGAGCAUCUACAAGGAAUACUUCAACACGGAGAAGAUCCGGGAGCACUACAACUACACCAAGGAGGGCUCGGAAAGCUCCCCCACCACUUCCCGUUGGGUGGUCUCCAUCCUCAUCGUUGUGUUGUGCUGCUUCAUUGUGCUGGAGAACCUGCUGGUCCUCAUCUCCGUUUACCGCAACAAGAAGUUUCACUCGGCCAUGUACAUCUUCAUCGGGAACUUGGCUUUCUCCGAUCUCUUGGCCGGGUUGGCCUUCAUGGCCAACAUCUUGCUCUCCGGAGCCACCACCUUCAACCUGACGCCGGUACAGUGGUUCGUACGGGAAGGCACGGCCUUCGCCACCUUGGCCGCCUCCGUCUUCAGCUUGUUGGCCAUCGCCAUUGAGCGCCACGUGGCCAUCACCAAGGUCAAGGUCUACAGCAGCGACAAGAACUGUCGGAUGGUGCUGCUCAUUGGGGCUUGUUGGGUGAUCGCCGCCGCCAUCGGUCUCCACAGCCGCUUCUUUUGCAUCGUGCGCUCCAGCCACGCCGAGAUCGCCACCGCCCAGACCCUGGCCUUGCUCAAGACGGUCACCAUCGUCCUGGGAGCCUUCAUCGUCUGCUGGCUGCCAGCCUUCAUCAUCCUCCUCAUGGACGCCUCCUGCCCCGUCCGGGCGUGCUGGAUCCUCUAUGAGGCGAACUAUUUUUUUGCCUUCGCCACGCUCAACUCGGCCGCCAACCCCAUCAUCUACACGCUGCGGAGCAAGGACAUGCGCCGGGAAUUCCUGAGGGUGCUGUGCUGCUGCGGGGCCAGGCGUCGGGACCAGCCCCCCGGCC